UUCGGUGGGCUCGGGCACGAAUUGAAUGCGUGGUCUAGUGCCUUCUCUCCCAUAGCGGUGCUCUCAUAUCGAAGCUGGCACCCCUCAAAAAAAAAUCGAAGCUGGCGGCUGGGGAAUCGGGAGGAGGAGCGCCGGCGGCGACCAGUAAUGGAGUUCCUGAUGCAGCCCAUACGCGGUUUGAGAGAACAUGGUUUGACCUGUAUCAGAUCCACUUUCCUGGAGGAGGCGGGAGAAAGUUUGGUACCGCCGGUAGUGGCAGAUGUGGCACCUAUGCCGGCAGAGCAGCGUGUGGUAGGGAUGGUGGUGGAGCAUCCAUUGGUGGAGUAGGAGGUCGUGGGGCAUGUUCGCGCGGCCGGCAGCGGCAAUGCGCAGAUUCUGGCAGCCAAGCCGUCGGCGGCGGUCAGGUUGGACAGCUCGCCACCAUCGUCGGAGCUGUCUACUGGGAAGAUGAAUCGUCAGGCGCCUGGAUGGAAUAAGAGGCUGAGUGCAUGGUCGGGUUCCUUCGAUUCCACACACCUGACCUCAUUUUGGGAGCUCUGGUGGUGGGCGGCGGCGGCGACCACCAUGGAGUUCCUGAUGCAGCCUAUCCGUGGAUCCACUUUCCUAGAAGAGGUGGGCGAGAGUUUGGUGGCGGCGGCGGUGCUGGCGGAGCCGACUGUGGUGGAUAUGCUGGUGGAGCAUCAGGUGGCGUUGCAGGAGACGGCGGAACACAGGAUGCUGGCGCAGGAGCUUCUGGUUGGCACAGUGGACGCACAGAUCUUGGCGGCCACUGAAGCGGCGGCGGAGAGGAGAGACAACUCGCCACCGAGCUCGGAGCUGUCAACUGGGAAGAUGAACCCCGUGCGCCUGGAUGGAAUAAGAGGUUGAGGAUCGGUGCUGCUGCACCGAGCCGACCGUCUUGCCCAAACCGUGUCAGUGCAUUUGAGAAGGCUGUUCGGGGCUAUGCUGAGAAUCCAACUGACAAUGUGGUUACAUCAACUAUACAACGUUCCACUCAGUUGGAGAGGCGUAUGACUUUUACAAUUUGUAUUCAUGGGAAAAGGGCUUUGGUAUUCGAAAUGAGAAGAGCCAGCUAAAUGUGGAGGGACGAAAUGCAUGCAGGAAAUAGUUUGCGGUUGCACGGUGAGUAUGAAAAUUCUGCUUUUCUGGUGGGGCUAAUAAUGGUGCACAAUAAUUGUAAGUUGACUGAAUUUUUGAAACAUUAUGCUGGGCGAAGCUGGUGUUGAGAACACAAGGUCAUGUUGUUGCGAAUGCACUGUGCUAAUAAGGCUGCUACGAGCAGAGGAUAAUGGCUGGUAUAUCGCAGAGCAUAGAGAUACUCACAAACACUCGCUGCCGCCUAACUUUGGUGAGACACUCCAUUGGCCAUCGCACAAACACAUAGAUGUUCACACCAGAGAUCUUGUGAAGCAGUUGAGGCGCAACAAUGUGAAUUUGGCUAAACAGUAUAAUUGGAGGUUUCUUUGGAUCGAUGGGGAAUGUUUCAUUCACAAAGAGGUCUUUGCGUAGUCUGUGUGGGAAGAUUAACAGGGACCACGUGGGGGAUGAUGUGAAGAAGACAAUGGAUUUGUUUGUAGAGAUUGGUGCUAGAGACCCACACUUUACAUACAGAGUUCAGGCUGACAGCGAGGGGAUGAUUAAGAAUCUGAUAUGGGCGGGUGGGAACAACAGGCUUCAGUACUCUUUUUUGGGAUGUGAUAACAUUUGACACGACUUACUAGACUAACCUAUACGACAUGCCAUUUGGCAUGUUUGUUUUGGGUAAACAACUUCCAAAGUGUGAUCAUGGCGGGUGUGCUUGUCCGUGAUGAGACGGAAGAUAGCUUUGUCUGGGAAAAUGAAGGCAUCAACGAGCAGUGGCUAUGGUUCUGUUUUGACCGGGCUCACCAUCCAUGCGGCAAUGGAGAUCAACCAGGAGGUGCGUAGUGUAUCUCUUUUCCAAUUCGUGGUACAACUUCCUAGAGGCAAUAUGGUUCUGCGCUUCUCAUCUGCAUGAAGGAAAUAUGCCCUAGAGGCAAUAAUAAAGUUAUUAUUUAUUUCCUUA